AUGGCACCUGCACAGAACCCAUAUGAUGAUGAUGAUCUGAAGGUGAAGACCCAAAGACCACGAUCAGCUGACCAGCCAGGUGUGUUUCAGGCACAGACAGGUGACCCCGCAGCAGAGGAGUGGUCACAGUGGAGUGUGUGUUCUCUCACCUGUGGGCAAGGCUGGCAAGUGAGGACACGAUCGUGUGUUUCUUCUCCCUAUGGAACACUGUGCAGCGGUGCCCUCCGGGAAACACGCAUGUGUAACAACACCGCUUCCUGUCCAGGAGAACCUGGGGUCACAGGCUCAGUGCAUGGGCUGUGGGAGGAGUGGUCGUCAUGGAGUCUGUGCUCUGUGACCUGUGGGCGGGCUCCAGGACGCGAACCAGAAGUGUGUGAACGGAGGCGGCCGUGGCUUGUGGACAGCCUGACAUUCAGACCAAACUCUGCAACAUAG